UCUAUGCAUAAACCUAUAUGCGUCUCUUGUUAAGUUUACAGCAUCAAUCUUAGGGUCUUUUAGACAAUAAACAAAUGGAUCCAGAGACGCGAAACAUUGAAUUUGAAGGAGUGUCUUAGACUAGAACUGGCUCAAAAGAGACUAUACACUCUCUGACUUGCAAGGCGUCAUAUCACGGGACGCAUAAAAACUAACUUGGCAUGAGGAUUUCGUGCUGUGUUCACGAAUUACAAACUUACAAACCUUCAAUUCAUUUGAGAGCGAAUUCUAGCGCCGAAAGAAAUCCAGAGUAAGUACUAGUCGAGAUACACCGAGAACGACAGACGAACACGAAGCCAAAUACGAUGAAUUUUGAAGGCUGAAGCUUGGUCAAUAUACAAAAAAUUGAAGCAGGAAUCGAGCUAUACAUAUAUAAUAAUGAAUCUAUCUGUGGGUGUUGGCGGUCCGAUGGGCAGCUGAUUUUUUAUCCACUUCAAAAUCAAAACAUCCAACCGAUAUUCAUCGAAGGAUUUUGAAUCGAAUUGGCUAGCACCAUGCCUCGAGUAAUGGACCGAAUGCUACGCCGUAAAUCCCAAGGUACAUGGUUCAUCGAAGGACCAUUAGUCCGCUGCAUGAAUCUCUUUGAUUUAACAGUGUUAGGACUCGGUGGCUUAAUAGACGCUGGUAUCUAUGUAGUUAUAGGACAACUAGCUUUAAGACUGGCAGGUCCAGCAGUGAUCAUUUCGUUUCUAAUAGCAGCAAUAGCGGCAGUUUUAUCAGGACUUUGUUAUGCUGAACUUUCCUCACGGAUAACAAAAACUGGCUCCGCGUAUGUUUACGCUUAUGUCGUUCUAGGCGAAUUAUGGGCCUUCUUAACGGGCUGGAGCAUGAUAGCAGAAUAUCUAGUCAAUGCUGCGUCUAUGGCAAGAGCGUUUGUUGGCUAUGUAAACUCUCUAACCGGAGACAGUAUGUAUGAUCUUUUUAGAGAUAAAAUAAGUUGGGGAAUGAAUCCCUUAUUUGGAAACUUCCCAAAUUUUCCCGCGCUUUUUCUGGUAAUCGUGGCAGCGGUCAUUGUCGGUCUUGGAGUGCGCGAGUCGAAGAUGUUCAUGGAUGGAAUCACUAGCAUUAAUGGUACAGUCAUCGUGUUUGCAAUCGUCUCAGGAUGCGUCUUCGCUGACACGGAAAACUGGUCCUCGCUGGAGAAAUUCGCUCCUAAUGGGAUCAGCGGUAUCCUCAUGGCAGCACCUAGCUGUUUCUACUGCCUCUCAGGCUUUGACGCCAUACCUACAGCAAGUGAAGAGGCGUUAGAUCCUCGACAUGGAGUCUCUUCGGCAAUCUUAUUAUCCUUGACGAUCAGCAUAACGGCCUAUUUCUGUGUCGCCACCGUUCUCACGCUCAUGGUCCCGUACAACGCGAUCGUAGGUUACGCACCUCUUGCCGAAGCGUUCCUCACAAAUGACUUCGAACCGGGAUACUACAUAGUGACCAUUGGUGCCUUGUGUGCCGUGUUUGGUAGUCUCCUAGCAACGACUUUUGCUACCACCCGAUUGGUCUAUUCAAUAGCCUAUGAUGGUCUUAUCUCAUCCUGCUUUGCCCGAGUGAGUGAGCGCACGCACGUGCCUUUCAUCGCUGUCAUUACUACGGGAAUCCUAACUGGUAUCCUAGCAGCCUGUAUUGACAUGACAUUAUUGGUCGAGUUGGUCUCCGUAGCAACUAUUACCACGUACACAAUGGUAUCCCUCUGUGUUUUGCUCUCUCGUUAUCAGACGGACGUUGGUAGUGUCUACCUAGAUGGAUACCUCCAUACGAGCCCAAGCGUCGCUAAAUGGCUAGAGAAAAGGUUGUUCCCCAAAGCUACCGAAAAGGCCAAAACUAUUGCAGCAAAAAACUACGAGAAAAUCUCCCGACUGGACCGACCGGAGGAACUGGAUAAACCUGAAUUCCAAUCUCGGCACAGGCUAUCCAAAGACACUCAAUAUUCUGCCACCAUCGCGUUGAUAUUUUUCACCCUGUGCCUACUCGGGUUCUGGACGUCAUUUGAUGUGAUGUUAGCUGACCUUAGCAGAAUUGACCCCGUGGCUUUAUCUUUAAUGUGUCUGUAUGGAAUCACGUGUAUUGUGACUCUAGGUGUCCUGCUUCAAAUGCCCAGGAAUAACGCCAAGUUUCCCUUCAUGGUGCCUAUGGCUAUACCGAUAGUCAGUAUUGUGAUUAAUACCUUCAUGUUGGUCAGGAUACAUUGGGCAUCGUAUUACAUGUUCUGCUCAUGGACUGCAUUAGGAAUGGCAAUAUACUUCGUAUACGGCUAUUCGCACAGCACAGAGUCCCACGCGCAAGAAGAACCCGAGGUGUUCAUGGACUACGCGGUUGUGCCCGGGUUACCCAUGGGUACUGAAGUCAUAAGUCCCGUCCAGGCCCCUCUGAAGAGGAAGAAUCCAUUUGAAUAUACGGGCUUAGAGUAUGAACCAGAAGAAAUCGAACAGGAUGAAUUUGGACCAGAUCACUAGCAUAGUACAGUGAGCAUGCCCAAAUGAGUGUGUCAGCUGACCAACCACAAUUUUUAUUAUUUUUUUAAA